AUGGCUAUUCGUGAUCGCAAAAACACUGAAGGUUGUUUCAAAGCAAUAAAAAAUCCAAAAGAUUUUGCUGAUAAAUGGUGGAAUAAUUGUGUUGUUAAAUAUUAUAAUAUGAUUUGUAGAAUUUCAAUAGAACUUUUUCGUGCAACAUUUUUCUUUUUGUCAGUAGGUAUCACAUCCUUUUCUAUCGUAAUUUUUUGGUAUAUUAGGAUAGUAUUUUCUGUAAAUAAUGCUGAUACCACUACUAGAAUGAGCAAAAUUUUUAUUGGUAUUGAUAAAUCAAAAACACCAAAAGAAGUUAAGGGUACAUCAGAAAAAAUCGAGUUUAGAGGUUAUUUUUAUUUUAUUUGCGAUGAGUUGACUAGAUUUUAUGAUUCAAUUAGAGGUAAUAAGUUAAUGAGACAGUAUAUUGGUAUUAAAUUUGAAGAUAACUAA